GCUUCAUCAGCAUCAUAUUUAACAUGGAGAACCGGAAUAGAGAUAAGAACACAGUGCUACUGCUAGCGGAGAGGAUCUGAAACAACCUGGCCCACAGCCGCCGACCCCUGUCUCUCCCACCGUCCCACCCGUUCUCCGGCGGGUGCGCGUUGGUCGAUCCUAAACCUCAAACACCAGCCCAUUUAUGUCUUUUCCUAUUAGCGUGCAGGGAACCGUUUCUUGUCUGGUGGUGUUCUCCGGGUUGUUUCACUUUGCAGUCCACCAUUCGCGUAUCUCUGAUGCAAUGCAACUGGCAUGUCUCACCUGGACCUCACAUAUUCCAUCCAUGGCCUUCCUUUUGAUCGUAUUUCUUUUACUCUCUUUUACUCUCUUUUUCUCUCUCUUUCUCUUUUUCAUUUCUGACAACACAUAGCAUCUUGGAGCUGGUUUCCAUAUGAUUCGUGCCUGACGUUUCCUUUUUGUUCUUUGUCCUCUGAUACCCUUUUCUUUUUCUUUUUUUUUCUUUUCCUUUCCCCCUUCGACUUCCGAACACUAGUUUCUGAUACCUCGAUCUGUUCUUGCAUUGAAAAGCAAAAUGAUCAGAAUCCAGUGUUGGUCUUUUUUCUGCCUGCUGGCUUUGAUAUCCACUCCUUUGUCAACAGCGUUAAAUCUACCUCUCCAACCACUCUACGUCAACGUCGGCUGUUACAACAACCCAGGUUCUCUGAAACCUCAGGGGACCUAUCUAUAUGAAUCACCGGGUUACUGCCAGCAGCUGUGUUGGAAGAAUGGGAACCCUAUUGCGGCCUUGACGGGAGGGAAUCAAUGCUAUUGCGGGACCGAGACGCCCGAUUCUUCGUAUCAGGUCGAUGAGGGAAGCUGUAACCUGGAGUGCGCAGGGUAUGCGAUGGUGAACUGCGGCGGCAGAAAAGCCUGGUCCAUCUAUUCUGCCACUAUCGAUACAGACCCCGUAUCCAGUCUUCCCGCCGCCAUAACGGCACCCAGCAUAGACCCUGCUGUACUAACACAAAUCCCGAUCACUGUCGAUUCGGUGGGAAGCACCACUACCCCUAUACGCAUCGGGUCAUCCACCAAGACCGCCAGUCUCCCGAGUACCUUCAAGACAACCACGGCCUCGUUCACGGCGAAGAAUGGGGGCAUCUAUGAUAGCCCUGCUUCUUCAAGCGUUCUGACUAUUAUUACAACUGCACCUUCUGGCACGGGAUCAGGAUUGACUUCAGACGCUUCUGCUGCUCCAUCGCCGACCGCUCUACCGCCAGCUUUGCCUGGGACUGAGAAUGUUGCACAUGUCGCAUCUGCAAGGUUAACAUCUGUCGCUGUCGGGAUCUGUGUGGCUGCGAUGGCUUUCCUAUAAUUAGGUAUACUACUUCGCUUUGAGGAAGAUUAUAGGGAGCAACAGGGGAACUCGACAGAUUCACUUUCCCUCUUGGAAGGGAAGAUCAUUCGAUUUCACAGCAGUUAUAGGCUAACUGGCUGAUGAUGAAACGAUUAGAAACGUCAGUGUACAUUACGUAUUUAUUCAAGCAUUGCAUGUAACGAUUUUUCGAACAUUAGCUAUCAUAACUAUCCUUUUAUCGGCCCGCUGGCGCAACGUACAAUAUGCCAUGAUGCAGAUUGCCGGAUUCUUCUCAAGCAAAUAAAUAGCAAUUUCGAUGUAUCCUUGACCAGCCUCAUGGAAUUAUAAGCUUGGAAUAAAUAAAUAAAUAAUGAAAUUUAGAGAGGAAGAUAUAAAGAAAUCAAAUCAGC